GUGGCGUUGACACAAACCGGCAGCAUGGCGGCGUCUACUGCAGAGAAAGUUCAAGAAGUACGUGAGGUGACGAGAAUAGAGCGGAUUGGAGCUCAUUCUCAUAUUCGGGGUCUUGGUCUUGAUGAUGGUUUGGAGGCAAGGCAGACGUCCCAGGGCAUGGUGGGGCAGAUGGAAGCUCGCAGAGCAGCAGGCAUCAUUCUUGAAAUGAUUAAGGAAGGCAAGAUCGCCGGCAGAGCUGCCCUCAUUGCAGGACAACCAGGCACAGGAAAGACAGCUAUUGCUAUGGGUAUGGCACAAGCCUUGGGAUCUGACACACCUUUCACAAGCAUUGCAGGCAGUGAGAUUUUCUCCCUUGAGAUGAGCAAAACAGAGGCUCUCACCCAGGCUUUCCGGAAGUCAAUUGGAGUUCGCAUCAAGGAGGAAACUGAAAUAAUUGAAGGAGAAGUGGUUGAGAUACAGAUUGACCGGCCUGCGACUGGAACUGGGGCAAAGGUUGGCAAGCUGACUCUAAAGACAACAGAGAUGGAGACAAUCUAUGACCUUGGGCAGAAGAUGAUUGAAUCUCUCACAAAGGAGAAAGUGCAGGCUGGCGACAUUGUGACCAUUGAUAAAGCCACUGGAAAAAUCACCAAGUUGGGGCGGUCCUUCACAAGGGCACGGGAUUAUGAUGCCAUGGGACCACAGACCAAGUUUGUUCAGUGCCCAGAGGGAGAGCUGCAGAAGAGAAAAGAGGUGGUGCACACUGUCACACUUCAUGAAAUUGAUGUCAUAAACAGUCGCACACAAGGCUUCCUUGCCCUCUUCUCUGGUGACACGGGCGAGAUCAAGUCAGAAGUCCGUGAACAGAUCAACUCCAAAGUUGCCGAAUGGCGUGAAGAGGGAAAAGCUGAAAUUGUUCCUGGGGUGUUGUUUAUUGAUGAAGUACAUAUGCUUGAUAUUGAAUGUUUCUCCUUCUUGAAUCGUGCUCUUGAAUCAGACAUGGCACCAAUCUUAAUUAUGGCAACCAACAGAGGUAUUACACGAAUCCGAGGCACACAGUACAUGAGUCCACAUGGUGUCCCUAUUGAUCUGCUUGACCGCCUGCUGAUUGUGUCAACAUCACCUUAUGAAGAGAAAGAGAUCAAACAAAUUCUCAAAAUCAGAUGUGAAGAAGAGGAUGUGGAUAUGAGUGAUGACGCUCUCACUGUGCUGACUAGAAUAGGCAUGGAAACAUCGCUGAGGUAUGCCAUUCAGCUCAUCACAACUGCCCACCUGGUUUGCCGCAAACGAAAGGGAACAGAAGUAGAUGUUGAUGACAUCAAGCGGGUGUACUCCUUGUUCUUGGAUGAGUCUCGCUCUACGCAGUUCCUCAAGGAAUAUCAGCAGGAGUUUAUGUUUAACGAAGUUGGUCAAGAACAGAUGGAAACAGAAGGAAGUUAAAGUACAGACCACGUGGUGAAUCAACUGAAGUUCAUAUGUGUUUUUGGGUAAAGAUGCAUUUGUUUGAGCAAAAGAACAGUGUCUUAUUGAAAAGGGAGUUUGUAAAUGCACUUCAGGAAACUGUUACAGUUUUGUUUUUUGUUCCGUGCAUGAAACAGACGUGAAAAUAGACUUGUUACAGCAUGACAAUUUUUGUUGAUGCUGUAUCCACUGUUAGAGCUGAAUAAGUGUGUUGAAUUCUUUUAUCAUUUAUUUUGAUCAUUAUUUUUACAUAAAUACAUGUACUUAUUAUU